GUUCGACAGCUCUGUUUUUGCCAGAGAAAAGUGAUCUUUUGUAAGAAAAAUUGAGAUCACUGCCCGACAGUUAAAGUAUUUUCGUAAAGAAAACAUGGCCGUGGUGGUGGAAACUACGAUAGGAGACUUCACGGUGGACCUGUACACCGAGGAGCGUCCUCAAACCACGCGGAACUUCCUGAAGCUGUGCAAGCUCAAGUACUACAACUGGAACCUGUUCCACUCGGUGCAGACCAACUUCAUCGCGCAGACCGGCGACCCCACCGGCACCGGGAAGGGCGGCGAGAGCGUGUAUGGGAUCGUGCUGGGCGAGAGGGCCCGCUACUACGAGGCCGAGCAGAUGCCGAAGAUCCGGCACAGCCGCGUGGGCCUGCUGUCCAUGGUGAACUGCGGCGACAACAUGCUCGGCUCGCAGUUCUUCAUCACCCUGGGCGCGGAUCUGCAGUCCCUGGACGGCGAGCACUGCGUGUUCGGCGAGAUAACGGAGGGCCUGGAGGUGAUACUCAAGUUCAACGAGACCAUCUGCGACGGGGAUCAGCGGCCGUAUCAGGACAUAAGGAUAUCCCACACUGUCAUCCUGGAGGAUCCGUUCGACGAUCCCGUGGGAUUCGUCGUGCCCGACAGAAGCCCGGAACCUACAAAGGAGGCUCUAAUGAGCGACCGAAUCGGAGCGGAUGAAGCAAUCGACGAUACUGGCGGCAUGACCACGGAAGAGAUUACGGAAUUGCAGAAGAACAAGGAAGCGAAGGCGCGAGCCACGAUAUUGGAGAUCGUGGGUGACAUACCGGACGCGGAUAUCGCCCCGCCGGAAAACGUCUUGUUCGUCUGCAAGUUAAACCCGGUCACGAACGACGACGAUCUCGAGAUUAUCUUCAGUCGUUUCGGAAAAAUUGUUGGCUGCGAAGUUAUAAGGGAUCACCAGACGGGCGACUCCCUGCAGUACGCGUUCAUCGAGUUCGCCGAUCGCAAGAGCUGCGAGGACGCGUAUUUCAAGAUGGACAACGUGCUGAUCGACGACCGCAGGAUACACGUGGACUUCUCGCAGUCGGUCGCGAAGAUGCGUUGGCGCGGCAAGGGGAAGGGUAUCCGGUACUUCGACGACGAGGACGAUAAGCAAACGAGGAGACGCGAGGAGGGUCACUCGAGGAAGCCCGAGGUGUCGCGCGGCGAACGGGAUCACGACGGCGGUAAACACAGCAGAGAGGAGGGAAGGAGACGGGAGAGCGACAAGGAUCGCGGCAGUGCCGAGCACAGGAAGCACGAGCGCCUCCGAAGGGAGGACAGGGACGCCAGGGACAGGAGGAAGGAGGACGGGCCGCACGAGGAUCAUCACGAGAGGAGCAAGUACGACGGCGAGCGAAGGGACAGGAGAAGAAGGGAGGAGCGACGGGAUAGAGACGGGAUGGGAGGCGAUCGGAGGAGGGGUCACAGCGAGGAGAGAUCGGAGAGGAGAAACAGGCGGGACGAGAACGGCGACCGGAGAAGAGAUCACAGCGAGGAGAGGUCCGAGAGGAGAGGUAGGAGGGACGAGCACGACGACAGCCGGGAGCGUCGGCAUCGCGACAACGGGAGGAAGAGGCCCACGGGGGACGAGGAUGACACGAGGCACAGGGACAGGUCGCACAAGCACAAGAGAAAACGGUGAAACAUAGAAAUGGGAGGUGGGCUGGAGAAGCUCUGGAAUUGUGAACUAUAUCUGUCAGGCCGGUCCGUUCUUAUAUUUGAAAGCUUAGGUACAAUCUGAAGAUGUAAACCAGUCGCAGAAUCUUUUAUUAGCAUGUCUCAUCUUAAAUUAUUCAAGACGGUCUUGAAAUAAGAACAGAAAUAAGAACAGAUGGAGGGUCUCCUGUAUUAUGACGUCGAAGUGAAUAAAUGCACAGUUUACAAGA